AUUGUCUUUGUAGUCGCCCACCGUGCCCCCUAUCAGCGGUUUUCUCCGGUGUUACGUACAGUCCAUGCGGUUUUUCCAAGUCACUGUGAUUUUAUCCAAACUAAAUUACUAAAACCAGACCUCAAGAAUGGAUCAAGCAGGGAAGCUUUAUUGUGGGGGCCUGAACUAUGACACCACAGAACAAACCAUUCAACAGACCUUUGAACGCUUUGGAACAGUGGAACAGGAUAUUAAUUAAAAAGGAGAAUUAUAUGCUGCAAUUGUUUAGUAUUGAAAUUUCAUCCACAGUACAACUGAUUAUGGACCAUACCACAGGACGGUCGAAGGGAUUCUGCUUCAUCACCUUUCAGGACCCAAACUGCUGUCAACAAGCCAUUUCUAAUAUGAAUGGGCAGGAGUUAGAGGGUAGGACUCUGAAAGUGGCGCCAGCCACCAAGUCCAGCGGGGGAGGCGGACGUGGAAGAGGUGGUGGUUAUGGUGGUGGCUAUAACCGCGGCGGAUAUGGAGGCUACGGAGGUGGAGAUAGAGGAUACAGCAGUGGUGGUUAUGGCGGAUAUGGAGGUGGACAAGGCGGAUAUGGAGGACAAGGUGGAUAUGGAAAUGCCUAUGGUGGGGGUGGAUAUGGGCAGCAGCAGGGCUAUCAGUAUUAGCCAAGAUACCAGUGACAGGGUCGACAGAACAUAUAUCUACCCAGAGACUAUAUAUCACCAACUGUUGUAGUAUAGAUUUAUGACAGUUAACACAGAUAUUUUGCUCUCUCUUUCUCUCUCUCUCUCUUUUAUUUUCUCUCUCUCUCUGUUCUUAGUUAAAUUUUUUUAGACCAAACAUUGGUUCAUUAAGCUUGUUUAACUUUAGCCAGUAAUAGAAAAAAUGUAUCAUACAUUUGUGGCAAUUUGCCAGUGCUUUGAUUCAGAUUGGAAAUAAGAUUUUAAUUUAACGGGGGGAAAAAAAGGUGGCAAGAUUCCAGUGGAUCUUGACUGUGACCUUGUUGAAUUUAGAUUUAGAUAAAGUUUUAGACAAGUUGGGAUAAAAGCAAUACAGCACCAGUUAGUUUGGAUGUUGUUGUUCCAUGUCAUGUAUGUAUAAUGUCACUGAAUCAACGUCUUGCAGCACAUCUUGCAACAUUAUAACUUUUUCCUUGAUAUGAUAUGGAUAACAUUUUUGAUCAAGAUCCGAAUUUCUUUUUUACUUUUUCUUCGGUAAGCCAUUUGUAUUUUCCCAGACAGAUAGAUUUUCCUUAGAUAAUCUCUUUGUGCAACAUUUUUUUUCCAGAAGAUGCUUUCAUUUGGCAUGUCUGAAAAAAGACCAAAAUUAUUUUUGUAAAUCUUUUUUUUUUUUUUUUUAAGUCAAAGGACCGAAUCUUAGUUUUAAAUAUGUCAUGCGCACGUUGUUAAAAGACCUGAACAUGUAUUUUCAUAACAUUUGAUUAAGACACACUUUGAAUUUAAGCAUUUUUUACUCUUAUCCCUAGUUGUUAGGAAGAGUUGUAGGAAAGGAGUUAAGAAAAAUGUUCACAUUCCUCCACAUGCAGUGAAAAUAAUGCAAUUUUAUAAGAAAGUCAUCUGCUUUGUAUAUAGUCAGUUAUUUUUAAUUAAUUUGUAUUUAUUUACUUGUUUAUGUAUUUGCAGAGUAAUGAAAAAUAAGCUUAACUUAAAUUGAACUGUGAGUUUUAAGCGAUGUGCAGUGGGGUUCAUGAUGACAAGUAAAUCCUGAAAUAAACAUGUUUGUCUCUUUGUUACUAUCUGUCUCAUAAAAUUUAAUAUGAAAAGUUUUCAUUUCUUUUGUUCAAACAGCCUUGUCAAGUUUUACUGAAAUGCUUUUUUUUUUUUACUCCCUUUAACGUUGAAGAUGUUACGCAAUUUGAUAAAUGUGCAUUUUUUCGGUAUUGUCAGUUUUGCAAAACUUUUGUAAACUUAAUCACAACACGGUAACAUAUAUGAACAGUGCAUUUUUGGGGAACAAAGAGUGUUAUUCAUUUAGUCAUGGUAUUACAUUUGUUGACCAAGUUUAAUAGCUUAAUUUAUAUUAAUAUACCAGUAUAAUUGUAACUUAUUUCUCAGUUUAUUUAAUUGUCAGCAGCUUAACAGUUUAAUUGUUUUAUCAACACAACUGAUUGAUAGACGAAAGUAACUGCUCUUAAGGUCUAUCAGUUGCUUCAGUGCAAUGUGUGUGGAUGGGAAAAAAGUACGAUUUUCUCUAGGUAUCAAUAAAUUUGAAAAUGGGACAGUGAGUGAAUACAAUUAGUUUGAAAAUGUCAUGCAAUGGAGCUUGAUGGAAAAACCUCUGGAAAUAGUGUACAGCAGUCAUAUUGUAUGUGGUGCAAAUUGCAUGCCUUUUUUUUUUCUUUUUUUUUUUUUUUUUUUUUUUUUUUUUUUUUUUUUUUUUUUUUUUUUUUUUUUUUUUAGUUUGAAGGAUUCUUGUGAACUGUUUUCUUCAAGUGAAUUUGCUUAAUGACUUCCAAGUGACGGGUGCUAAAAAAGGUACAUUAUAACUUAUGUGAGGAACAUGUGACAUUUCAAAGUCUAUAUUUUCUUAUUAUUUUUCUGUAUUAUUGUAAUUAUUUGUUAUUUUGAUGAUAAGGUACUAAUACACUCCAUUAAUAGUUCAAAUUAGAAAGCAUUUUUAUUAAUUAUAAAAACAAACUAGAAAUGAGGAUAAACUUUGUGUAUCUUUUAUGAUUUGUAGUUUAUGAUAAUUGUUAUUUGUCCAUGUACUGGUAUACUGUUUGUCUAACUUCCAAAGAAGCAGAAUUGAUAUUAUUUUCAACUGGUUUAAAUAAAGUGAACUUAUUUUCA